AUGGCAAGUUUCCAUUUGAAACCAACCUUUGUUGUAUUUAUAGCAUCAACUUUCAUAUUGUCAUACAGCUUUUGCCAUGCUGAUAGCAACCUGAGUCGUGGUUCACUGUGCGCGCAAGCCGAUAAUUCCACAGUUGGCAACUCAUUCCAGACCAACCUUAACAAUAUUUUUCAUUCACUUGCAUCAAACGGGCCUCUUAACAGUUGUUUUUACAAAACCACAGCUGGCAAGGGCUCCAACAAGAUUUAUGGCUUCAUACAAUGUAGAGGUGAUAUAUCUGCUCGAGAUUGCGCUAAUUGCACCGGAGGGCAUACAUGCCCAAAAAGCAAAGAAGUCACAGUUUGGUUCCGAUGGUGUUUCCUGCGCUAUUCAGAUGAAAAAUUCUUUGGAGUUUCAGAGCCAACUAGGGUGACUAUCUUCGAUAACAAUGAUGUUGACGAUCCUUCUGUGGUUUCAAAGGGAUUUUCCUUCAUGGGCGCACUUGCAUCUACAACUCCAAAUCAGCCUCUGAUGUUUCAGACAUCAGUAUUAGAAGAGGGCGGAAAAAAUGAGACGAGAUAUGGCAUGGCUCAGUGCACUCGAGAUUUCAGCAGGUCUGAAUGUGGGAAGUGCUUGAAUACUCGGUUGGUGAAUUUUAAAGACAUAAUUAAUAGCAAUAGAAGAUGGGAGAUUUAUGGGAUGGGUUGUAGCAUGUGGUAUCAUGAUUACCAGUUUUAUUACAACAUCUCAACUACUGCUAGUGCUGGAGCUAGAAAAUCCGGGAAUGGAGUUGUGGUGGGCAUACCUGCUUUCCUGAUGUUCACAUAUCUGGUGGUGCUCUAGUCAUCCGCUCUGCUCACAGUCACAUCAUAGCACUAGUUAUUUAUUCUAUCACCUCACCUAUUCAAGUAUCUCCCUAGAAUUUGGAACGUUUUGUCAUUUCUUAUCUGCUACUUUUUUUUUUUUUUUAGAAAUUUCUUCUUUUAUUGUGAAUGAAAGCAAGUCAUUGGCCAACAGCUUGUUGUGGCCAGAAGAUGACCCUUGCUAACUGUGAAUAUAUGAUAAACUUGUUAACAUUGUGCCAGACGAUGAAAUUCUUCUGGAUUUACACGUA